AUGACCCAACCCUCGAUCGACUCAACUUUCGAUACAUCGCUCGUGGACCUCAACCCCAACGUCUCCUUCUCAACCACCGAGUCCGACCCAUCAGACGCCGGCACAUCAACAACCACCCAGCAAAUCUCAAUCCCAAGUCCACUGGCCCGAGAGCCAAAUCAGCACACCCCUCAAGCACCCCAGGCCAUGCCCCCGAAGACAUCAACACCCGUCCAACACAUCGGCAUUCAAGAAGCCUAUGACCAAUGGGCCACCGUCUACGACACAGACGGGAACAUGCUGCAAUCAAUCGACGACGACGAACUGAACGCUCUUCUUCCCUCUCUUCUCGACCGCCUCGCCUGGUCACCAGCCUCAAGCGUCGCAGUCCUCGAUCUUGGCUGUGGUACCGGCCGAAACACCGCACGUCUGCUUUCCUACGCCUGGCCAUCUUCAAAGUCGAUCUCUGUAACCGGUCUCGAUUUCAGCGCUGGCAUGCUGGCCCUCGCGCGCGCAAAACUCACCCCCAUAGCCAACGCAAGAAAGAACGCGGCCCUGAGACUGGAGCACUGCGAUCCGUUCCCCCAACCCCCCACGGCGCCCUCCAACCCCCCCACCUCGCUCGCCCUUCCACGUCAGGACCUCGUCAUCUCUACACUAGUCCUGGAGCACAUCCCUUUACCCACGUUCUUCGCCACGCUCGCGGCUUUGCUCGCACCAGGCGGCACCGCACUGGUGACGAACAUGCACGCGGAGAUGGGUUCGCGGUCGCAGGCCGGGUUCGUGAAUGCAGACGGUGUCAAGGUCAGGGGCAAAAGCUACGUGUACACGCUAGCGCAGACGGUCCAGGGCGCCACGGACGCAGGGCUCGCGGUGGUGUCGGCGCGGGAGAGGAGUGUGGCGGAGCGCGACGUUGAGGACGGCGUUGUGGGGAAGAGGGGCGCGAAGUGGAUUGGAUGUAAGGUGUGGUUCGGGGUUGUGGUGCGGAGGGUGUGA